AUGUACAAGAAUUUUCAAAUUGGAGAAAAGGUACAAAAAUACAAAGGACAUAACGAGGCUGUCAUUGUGUCACGAAGUGCUCAGCGAUUAUCGUUAUUAGUACCAGUGGAUAUGGAUCAAGACCAGGAAACCAAGUCGGAAGCAAAAGAGAGUGUAUGAAUGGACAGUGACAUUAUAUAGUAUUGAGUGAACAAUGCAUUAGAGAAAUUUACAUUCAGAUUUUAAGACGCGAUCGCAUCGACCCCAGUCCUUCCAGUGUAUUGGGUUGUAGUAAAGUUGUAGACAAUAAUCUCUGCGAUCGCCUUUUGAACGAUGUUUAUUUACGUUUUGUUAGAGCAUGCGCAUAGGAGCUAAUAUGGCGUGCGAAGGAAAACAGUGUUUUACCUAAAUCUAUUAUUUUGUAAUUUUCCAUAUUUUGAUAAUUAAAGUGAGUUGAAACCUGUUUUUCGCCUCAUUUACUGGCAAUCCCAGUACAGACUGCACCUAACCUACAAGUCCCACAUUGUGUGUAUUCUACAAUUUGCUACCCAUAUCGAAUUUCUACUUGGCUACAAUGCGUUGUGUGACUUGUACAAAAGGCCAUUUUGUUGAAUAUUAAAUUUGUUAAACAUUGUACAUCGAUUUGCUAUUUGUUGAGUUUGAAUAUUCAUUUGUACCCAUUUCAACCAUUCAACCCCCUGUGACUCUUGUAUUUGGCAACCAGGAGUUACAGUAAUGACAUAGAUUAUUUCAACAUGAAUACCAUUACAUCUUUCAACUAACACAUAAUUCAUGUAUCUUUAAUUAAGAGACAAUAUUAAAGGCAUGAUUCAAGACAUUACUAUUGAAAAAGAUGAUCUUAAGUCAAACGGAAUGCAUGUCGAUGGCAGGAACUAUAUAAUUAUUAACUUCACAGAUAAUAUUUAAGUCAAGGUGAUUAUUGGGGAAUAUUCACCAAGUCCAAGACGAAAAUAUUUUUACACAAGUGUUUUGUGUUUUUUGGGACUGAAUUUAUUUUAAUUUUGUUUAUUUUUUUAUUGGUGAUUUACACAAAACGGCUAUAGUUGCCAUUUUGUAAACUAGUUUUCAAUUUUUUUUCUGUGUUGGUGUUGUGUACUCAGGUGAAUAUGAUGCUUGUGAUGUUACUCUGAGUGUAUAUCCACACCGGGCCAGCUUGAAAAAUAUGCCCGGCCACAGUGGGAAUCGAACCUAUGAUCUUUGGAAUAUUAGCCCAAUGCUCUGCCAACUGAGCUAUGCGGUCAGGAUGGUUCGAAUAAGUGAUAUUUCAGAACAGAAUCUAGUUCCUUCGAUACCAAUGUAAUCUAGUAAUAUGAAUGUGGCUGUGCAUAUUUUUCAAGCUCGCCCGGUGUGGGUAUACACUCGGAAUAACAUCACAAGCAUCAUAUUUACCUGAGUACACAACACCAACACAGAUUCAUAUUACUAGAUUACAUUGGUAUCGAAGGAACUAGAUUCUGUUCCAAAAUAUCACUUAUUCUAACCAUCCUGACCGCAUAGCUCAGUUGGCAGAGCAUUGGGCUAGUAUUCCAAAGGUUGUAGGUUCGAUUCCCACCGUGGCCGGGAAUAUUUUUCAAAGCUUGCCUGGUGUCCCAAAUCCACACGUUUUCAACUGUCAUGCAUAUAACUUGCCAGUUACUGAUAAAACAUAGGGGGUCCAGUUAACAGUCUCCAUAAAUAUUGUCUCGCGUAUCCACAUAUAUUGUCCCAUAAAAAUUAUCUCAUGUCUAAUAUUUGUCUCAUUCACAAUUAGUUACACUUGACUAUAAGGCACUGAUCCUCAUAACUGUCAGAAAGGGAAGAGUUACCAAUGAAUGAAAUCAUCCUUGGAGGUAGAGGGUGCUGUAGCAUGGAGUUCUGCAUAUUUUGCACAGCAAUCAGGGUAUGCCAAUGGAUCUUAUGCAUAAUGACAUCACAAGGUUUGAUGCCUGCGAGGAAUGCUGGUCUUAGUAGUGGUCGCUGGGAAAAUUUAGAUAGUAGCCAUUUUGAAUUGUUUAAUAUUCCUGUGCGAUGACUGCUAAAACCAGCAUUCCUCGCGGACAUCAAGCCUUGUGACGUCAUUAUGCAUAAGGUCUAUUAAAAUGCAUCAACUGUCCCCUAUACUAUUUACAAAUACAUUAAUGUACACUGCAAAUAUGAAAACUGCAAAUAACAUGUAAUAGAUUGAUUUGGCUUUUUUAUAUCAAGUUAUGUGACUGUUAUAAAAAUAUGUUGCAGGGCUGUGCCUGUCCUGGAGUGCCAGCAGGUGAUACUUGUGUUGCUUGUUUUGCUUAAACUAAAGGGAAUAUUGGAAAGUACGUAUAGAAAACAUUAAUAUCAGGAAGACUUUACAGUGCAGUCAGUCUAAAAAUUAACAUAUCUAUAUGCUAUAGUAAAAAGCAAUUCUCAGUUCAUCUUGAUUCCCUCAUAGCUGGAAAGGUAUCCGUGAUGAUCUGAUCCUUCUUGUGGAAGAAGACCUAACUUCCGUUAACCUAUGCGCCCUACACUGUGAAAUGCGAAAUACCAAGCAGUUUCUUGGAUCACGUGGAAAAUCUUAAUCAAACGCUGAGAGACCUUGGACCAAGUGCAAUGAAAAAGGAUUUCAUCAGGAUAAAGGAAGGACAAAAUAAAGAACUGGUGGUCAAUAAAAAUCACAUAAAAGUUGCUUCCCUUUCAGGUGACACUCUAAUUAGUAUGUGUGCGCAUACUAUUAUAAAGCUUGUUUACUCUGCAGUACAUGUAUUUGAGGCAUGCACAGCACGUCAAUAUUCGCAUGAGGCAAAUUUUUAUGCCUCCUGCCGCCCUAUAAGUAUACGAAAUACUGUACGGUAUACAAAUACUUGCAAUACUGUACAAUCACCAGACAAUUAUGCAUUGCAUGCUUGAGUCAUUGACCUCUAUAAUAAAUUAUAACAAAAUUGAUAUACACCGUACAUAAUAGUAUAUAUGAUUUCAUCUAUAAUUAAAGGUCCAACAGAAAGGAACUUCCUGGCUAACAUUACACAGGUUGCAGAGUAUACCACAUAAUUUUCUGGUAUAUACAGUGAUGGUGAUAAGGCACUUUGGAGUAAUAAUGUACAUUUUUCUAGUCAAAUGGAGCUAGGCAGAAUCCCAGGUUAUGGAUGAAUACUGGGAUUAUUAAAAUGAUUGCUACUGUAAAUUAUGUGGAAAGUUGAAUGGCCAGGAAUUUUUACCACAGUACAAAAUCAUGUAUCUCAAAACUAGCAAGUAAGACAGCAAAAAAUUUAAACCUGUGUGUUUGGGCUGUAAGUGAAACCUGUACUAAAGCAUUCACCUCAGCAUGGUAACAUGAAAGAAAUAGAAGUAAUAUGUAAUAUUGAAUGAUAGUUACCUUUGUUUGAGCACUCCUUCACCUUCUCGAAGCACAUCCGAAGAAAAAGGAGUCUAUCCAUGUAGUUGUGUGUUAGGAUUUGCAUAACUAUAAUAAAACAAAAAACGUAAACAAUUGAGUUGCUAUUCCUAUUUCAAAUUAAUUGCACUACUUUACUAACAACCACCAUGAAAUAAUAUUAUUGUAGAACAUUUGUUGUAAUUUUUUUGUUACAGCUGCAGUAACUAUCUUCCCGAUCAGUAUAGUCAAUAGUCUGUAAUAUUAAUACAAUUAACAAUAUUGCAAACCACCAUGCCACCUCUAAAUGUACUGUAUUUAAAAAGUAGUGAAAUAAAAACUACCCCUGAAGUACUCAUUGUACAACCCUCAUACCUGAGGUCUUUCCUCUUGGCGAGGAACGCAAUCUCGUCCCCAGGGUCUUUUUGGGAAAGACCCUGGUAUCAGCUGGUCAUGUGAUAGCAUGAAAAUUCAUGCCCCGUGUGGGGGUGGGGUUGGGGUAGUGAAAAAUUUAACCCGUUCGCAGGCUAUUCAGUAUGCCGCCAUGUUUAAAAAUUUGAAGUGUCAGCAAUUUCUUUUGUGCUUGGAUUUUGCAAUAUUAAGAGCGUGUGUCUCUAAAAACCGCCCACUGACUUGGGGCUCAAAAUAAAUUUCUUUGAAACUUUUACCAUGAACUACAUUUACUUUAACAACAAACAAAUGCUGUUUGGAAUUUUGAAAAUAUAUUUAGUUUCAAAGUUUUAGUGAUUUUUUGGUCUCGCACCGUCGGGGGAGAAAUUCGCCGGCUAAUUAAACGAAAAAGUGGGCUGAAUUUAAAUACACAUAAUUUCAAAACUUUUUGCUCAAAGUUUCUGAUAUUCACACCCAGCACUGGAAAACUAUCGUAAUUUCAUCUAAACUAACUUAGGUUUUCAAUUACAGAGCAUUUGUGGCAAUAUUUAAUGACAAAGAGCGCCAUGUCAAAAUACGGCUUUCAAAUCCUACUAUUUUCUACGUUGAAUUUCUUAAAAGUGGGACCUAAUUACAUAUAGUGACUAGUAUAGUUGCAAAAAGGACACUUUGAAGUACUAAAAACCGUAAUAAAACUCGUCUGCAAACGCGAUUUGAACAAUUGAGAGCGUUUGAAAUUUGAUACUAUUUAUGGCCUUUUGUUUACAUUUGAAUGUUGCUGAGGUCAGACGUCUGAGUCAAGGAGAGCCUGUUCGCAGGCUACCAAAUAACAUUUUCUCAUUGCCCUUCUCUCAAAACAAAUCGAUAAUGUCAUAGUACUAAAUUAGAUUUCGUUGUUUAUCUUACAAGAUAUUUAAAUAGAUGAUAUUAAACAUAUAAAAUUGAAUCACGGUAAACACUUGCAAAAAAUGUUGCCUGGGAAAAACCAACAAAAGCUUUUGUUUUGUAUUAAACUAUUACCUUUCCGGUAAUUACGUCACAACUGCAUGGAAGUGAGGCUGAGGGGCCAAAGCAUAUCCCAUUACGCGUUUGCUUUGGCCCCUCAGCCUCACUUCCAUGCAGUUGUGACAUAAUUAUUGGAAAGGUCUAUUUCAAUUAUUAUGUACUGUACAACCAGUCAAUGUCAUGCAAACAUUGAAACACAAGUAUACUUUUAGCAUCCUAUCAUACACUGAAAUUGGCACUUAGCGCAUUUUAAUUUAGGUGUUUUUUUUUUAAACGUAGCACUGAGUAAAGGCGAGGUUAAAUGAGACAAUUUUCCGCAAUGCAUUUUUAGAGUAGGUGCAUGUUAAGUUGGACGCACACAAGGACAUUAUUAUUUAACAAAUACCUGACGUUUUCCUGUCAUUUUCAGCGAUUUUUCUUAGUUGAUAGUAGUCGGAUAAGAUCAGAUUGUUUUGAUCCGCUAUUUUGCCCGAGUUUUACAGCAAACGUUGCAGUCGGCCCUCUACAACAUCACAUGCGUUCGGCUUUACAAAGCACUACUUGCAAAAACUAGUCAAAUUUGCGGUUUUUUUGAGAUUUAAAAUUCAAGUACGAUAGCCAAAUAAGGCCCACCUUUCAACACGAAAAGGAACAACUUAUAGGAAGUUGCGUUUUUAGUUGCCAAAUACCACAACUACAUUCACAGUGUGAUCAUCUUUCAGUGUACGUGGCAUGAGUGACACCCACGCGUGUUUUUUGCAAACUUGCGACAUGACAGGGAAAUGCAUACCCAUUUUAUAACUCGGUCUACCUUUGCUAGCCCAAGUAAAAAGCUAAUCAUCAGCAUGUCGCUGUGAUACUACAGUAUACCUCUAAUUUCCAAUGUUACCAUGCGAAUGCCGCACUGGCCUAUGCUAUAUUUAUCACUUAUGAGAACCAACUUGCGCAAGUACUCCAUAAAUUUUGAAUACAUCCCGUGAUACUUCCAGGUUAAUGCCAUCUUUUCCUUUGCAGCGACGUGCAAGCGCAGUGUAAGAAGCAGUAUCGGCCCAAGUUGUACCGGUGGUUUGGGCAUACUGUCAUAGAGUGUAUUUCUUCUCUUGAUAUUUCAUGCUAAAACCAGAUCUCGACAAACGGCAACUUGAAAGAUGAUUUUGAAUGUUCUCAUCAAAAUCUUCUAAGCGUCUAAUAACCAAUUCACCCCGACACCCUCCGCAUACAGUUGAACCGAUAGCAUUACUCUCAAAUUUUGCAGCAAUAUAAUUCAAAGAUCAACUUCGCAGAAAGGUUCCAGAACUAAACUUCGCACAUUUAUAGACUUUUCGAACUGAGCAAUAGUUUAGUAUGCUGCAAUGCAAACUCUAAAUAUAGCAUGUGCCACAUAUAGAAUUCGCACUGCAUGCAGGCUUUUCCCCGAGUAGCAUAUUAAUUUGGUUAUAUUAACUAUGAUUUGGUCAAGUUGUUUAUUUUAACAUGCCUAUUAUUUUAAAUCCCUUGGAACGACUUACGGUGGAUAGAAACAAAGAAAUAUAGAUUAGUACAAAAGUGCGAUAAACUUAUUUGAAGGAAAGGUUAUUUGGCAGAACUACCGCACAUUUUUAGCAGUGACAUGAACUCAGACAUCUGACCUCAGCAACAUUCAAAUGUAAACAAAAGGCCAUAAAUAGUAUCAAAUUUUAAACGCUCUCAAUUGUUCAAAUAGCAUUUGCAGACAAGUUUUAUUACAGUUUUUAGUACUUCAAAGUGUCCUUUUUCCAACUAUACUAGUCACUGUAUGUAAUUAGGUCCCACUUUUAAGAAAUUCAACGUAGAAAAUAGUAGGAUUUGAUUGCCGUAUUUUGACAUGGCGCUCUUUGUCGCUAAAUAUUGCCACAAAUGCUCUUUAAUUGAAAACCUAAGUUAGUUUAGAUGAAAUUACGAUAGUUUUCCGGUACUGGGUGUGAAUAUCAGAAAUUUUGAACAAAAACUUUUGAAAUUAUGUUUAUUUAAAUUCAGCCCAUUUUUUCAUUUAAUUAGCCGGCGAAUUUCUCCCGCGACGGUGCAAGACCAAAAAAUCGCUAAAACGUUGAAACUAAAUAUAUUUUCAAAAUUCCAAAAAGCAUUUGUUUGUUGUUAAAGUAAAUGUAGUUCACGGUAAAAGUUUCGAAGAAAUUUAUUUUUCGAGCCCCAAGUCAGUGGGCGAUUUUUAGAGACACACGCUCUUAAAUAGCGUAUACUGCGAGAUUAUUUUAAAACCUAAACAGGUGAUUUGUCUAGAAAAAGUAUUUGUGAAUUUGGAUAUUCUUGCUGUUCUACCUACUGGAUACGGUAAAUUGUUGACUUUUUACCUGCUCCCUGCAUUGUUGUAUGCGAAGAAGCAUGGUGUUCCGAAAAGCAAAGAAAACAUAUCAAUUAUUAUAGUCGUAUCACCUCUAAACGCUCUGAUUACAAACCAGAUCUCGCAGUUGGACUCAAGUGGAAUUCGGGCAACUGCUCCAGACAUAAGAUUGUCAAUAGAAGUUGAGACAAAUCAGAAUGAAUCAGAAUUAUUUGUCUGUGACUUUCAUCUCAGCGACAAAGCCAAGCUUGAAAUCGGACACUAUAACAUUGUGUUCGCACAUCCUGAUGCGUUUGUUUCAUGUGCCUAUGGAAGGAAGUUGAUGCAGAGUAAAGCUUACCAGGAAAACGUCUGUGCGAUUGUUGUAGACGAAGCCCAUUGUAUUUUAGAGUGGUAAGUUUUAUAAUGAUAUUUAGUUUUGUUUAUAAUAUUUUGUGUAAGAACAAAUUCCAAAUAUGGAUUAAUUUCCUGGCUAAUUUACUCAGGAUAAUAAUGUGUAAGGCUUGUAGUUGUCUAUCAAUAGUCAAAUUUGUAUUCAAGAUUUUUUACAUUUUACUAGAAAAUUGUUGGGGACAAUACUCAUCUCAUUGGGUUGUUUUAUUUUAUUGGGCUAUUCCAUUUAAUAUCUGUACCCCCCCCCCCCUAUCGAGGACAUGGUCUCCAGCGCUUUUGCCCCUGAGGAAUUCCAGUCCAAUGAUAUGCCUACCCUGAGGACUAAUAAUAUGCUAGCCCUGAGGAAUUCCAGUCCAAUUAUAUGCAUAUGCUGAGAAAUUCCAGUCUAAUAGUAAGCCUACCCUGAGGAACUCCUGCCUGAUAAUAUAAUAUCCUUACUCUGAGGAAUUCCAGUCAGAUAACAUGCUUACGAUGAGGAAUUCCAGGUUGACAGUGUGCUGACCCGUCAGAAAAUAUGCUUAUGCUGAGGAAUUCCAGCCUGAGUGAAAACAGCCUACACCUGAAUAUUUCCAGGCUGAAAACUACCCACACCUGAGGAUUUCCAGACUGGAAACCGCUUAAGACCCAUUUCCACUCAAGAAAAAUUUCCACGGACAGAAAAUUUUCCGAACAUAUUGUUAAAAGUUGAAAAUUUUCAACUUCAAAAUUUUUUUCCAACGGGAAAUUUGUGUCGGCCAAUCACAUUUUACCAAUUUUCUUUCCGCUGAAAAUUUUUCUGAUUUGAAAUGGGCCUUUACACCCAGAGGAUUCCCAGUCUCCUCUAUAGGGGGAGGGGGGUACACAUAUUAAAUGGAAUAGCCCAUUGGUUGUUUCUAAUAAGUCUGUCCAGUGCCAAACCAACCAGCAGGGGUAGAACAUAUUGUGUUUUGCUACAUGUGCAUUAAUUAACAAAGUUUAACAAAAAUACACAUUUUGUUUCAUUUCAGGGGUAAAGAUUUCAGAGUAGACUAUGGCAACUUGGCUGUUUUGUGUGCAAGUGUUCCAGUUGUAGCCAUGACUGCCACAGCAAAUAAAAAUGAUAGAGACUCUAUCAAAAAGUCAUUGGGUUUGAAGGCAUGUGCAGAAGUUGUUGGCAAUCGAACAAAUAUUAUGUACGAGAAACAUUUUCGAGGUGAACCAGAUGUGGAUUCUCUAGUCAGAAUUAUUACUCCCAUUGCUAAAGAUUUGUUGAAGGAACAGACAUAUUAUCCUUUGACAAUUAUCUACAUUCCAUUGAAGUGGUGUGGAUUUGCCUAUAAGAUAUUUGAGUCUGUUUUGGAGAGCAGUCAGUAUUUUCCAUCAGGAUCAAUGCCAAUACCUGAGAACAGGUUGUUUGCUCAGUUCCAUUCACCUCAAAUGCAGGAAAUGAAAGAUGAAGUUCUGAAGCAGCUGUGCUCGUCAGAAAGUACUAUAAGGGUUGUAUUUGCCACAGUUGCUCUGGGAAUGGGGGUUGAUAUUAAAGGCAUACGGAGUGUUGUUCAUAUCACCCCACCAUAUACCAUCCAGACAUACUUCCAAGAAACUGGCAGGCCUGUAACUGCAAUUCUGCACUACAACAAUCGUGACAUUGCAAAAAACAAAACAGGGAUGCAAGAAGCAGUUAGGACUUUUUGCCAGAGUACGGUUAAGUGUCUUAUAUUGCUCACUUCACGUACGGUUAAGUGA